GCCGCCCGCCGCCGCCGCCGACGGUGCUCUCUGCUUCCCCAUUGCGCACGCGGAGAGCGGGCACGGCCGCCAAGCGUCGUCGGAGAUGUACGUGCCCCGGUCGAUGCAGGUGUGGCGGGGCCUCGUGAACUGGCUCGCCUUCUUCUUCCAAAUCUUCCUCCAGUAACUGCGCGGCACCCCGUCCCUCGCCCAGUUCCUCUCCUACAUCGGCCUCCGCCAAUCCUUCCUCUCCACCGCCGCCGCCGCCCCCCACCCCUCCUCCCCCCCCGCUGCCGCCGUCCCCGGCGUCCUGCUCCCCGCUGUUCAAGCCCUUGCCGGUCGUCGAGAUUCCCCUCCAGGAUUCCUGCCCUCCCGAGCACGCCGGGUCCGACAGCGACGUUAACUACAUACAACUCAUAAAUCAAGAUUGAUAUCUAGAGCAACCUUACUCAUUUCCUCGUGUUAUUUAGGGUUUAAAUUUCAUAAUCUCAACUUUGUCCUAAAUCCCGUUUCUUCGUUGCCUCGUCGCCCAAGUUGUAGUCUCUUGGAACCAGUAUUCAUCUGCUCGUCAUCUGUCUUGUGAAGAGCACUCGUGUGCUGAUGUCGUGAUCGACGCAGAUGCAUCCAUGCGUUAGAAAAAAUCCAAAACCGAACGCACCAAAUGAGAGCGGCGAGACACCAGCUCCGCCAAGCCGUUGACUCGCUGUACUCUCGCGGGCGCCCGACCCCUGAGUCCUACACUCGUCUGGUGCUCGAAUGCGUUCGUGCCCACGAUGUCGAUCAAGCCAGGCGAUUGCAAUCUCACAUGGAGCUCCACUCCUUUCGACCUGACGACACCUACUUACACAAUCGCCUCCUCCACUUGUACGCGAGGUCUGGCCAGCUCGACGAUGCCCGGAAGCUGUUCGACGAAAUGCCCAGGAGAGACGUUUUCUCGUGGAAUGCUAUGCUUUCGGCGCACGCUAAAUGUGGGUCUGUUGGGGACAUGUGGGCAACCUUCGAUGAGAUGCCUGUACGCGAUGGUGUUUCCUAUAACACAGUUAUCGCGGGUUUCGCUGGGAAUGGACAGCCUCAAAAGGCUCUGCAAGUGUUUGUGAAUAUGCACGAAAAUGGGUUUGCGCCAACUGAAUAUACUCACGUGAGCGCAUUGAAUGCCAGUUCACAGUUGCAGGGUUUGAGGCUGGGAAAGCAGAUUCAUGGCAGGAUAGUUGCUAGUAAUUUUAGGGGCAGUGCGUUUGUUUGGAAUGCGUUGACUGAUAUGUAUGCUAGAUGUGGUGAAAUUCAUUGGGCCAGGUGGUUGUUUGAUCGCAUGGUUGAUAAGAAUGUGGUUUCAUGGAACACAGUGAUUUCUGGCUAUGUGAUUAAUGGGAAUCCGGAUAAAUGUGUUGAUUUGUUCCGUGAGAUGCAAUUGACUGGUUGUAAGCCCGAUCAGAUUACGGUCUCCAAUGUCCUCAGAGCCUACUUUCAAUGUGGACAUGUCGUUGAAGCAGGGAAAUUGUUUGAUGAGAUCAGAGAGAGAGAUAAAAUUUGUUGGACGACAAUGAUAGUUGGUUACUCCCAAAGUUCAAGAGAAGAGGAUGCAUUGCUGCUUUUUUGUCGUAUGCUGUCAACAAAUGUGCAGCCCGAUGGUUUUACCAUCUCUAGUGUGGUGAGUUCCUGUGCCAAAUUAGCAUUUUUGUGUCUUGGUCAGGCUGUGCAUGCGAAAGCUAUUCUUGUGGGAGUUGAUGAUGAUCUGCUUGUUUCCAGUGCUCUUGUUGACAUGUACAGCAGCUGUGGAGUCAUUGCAGAUGCUCGGUUCAUUUUUAAUAGGAUGACUUCUAGGAAUGUUGUCUCUUGGAAUGCCAUGAUAGGUGGUUAUGCACAAAAUGGUCAAGAUCUGGAGGCCUUGAGACUAUAUGAGGAGAUGCUGCAAGGGAACAUGAAACCCGAUAUUAUCACUUUUAUAGCUGUUCUUUCAUCCUGUGUUCAUGCCAAUCUGAUGGAACAGGGACAGAAGUAUUUUGAUUCAAUCAGCAAAGUACAUGGGAUUACGCCAACUUUGGAUCAUUAUGCAUUCAUGGUCAGCCUCCUUGUUCGAUCAGGCCAGGGAGAUAAAGCACUGAGUCUCAUCAAGCAAAUGCCCCAUCAACCAAAUAGCGUAAUUUGGUCCUCUAUUUUGUCUUCAUGUGCAACAAUGGGCGAUAUUAAACUUGGAAAGAUAGCAGCAAGCCAUUUAUUUGAUCUUGAUCCAUGUAAUGCUGGACCAUAUAUUACACUAUCUAACAUGUAUGCAGCUAAUGCCAGAUGGAAAGAUGUUGCAUCUGUGAGAUCUCUGAUGAAGAACAGAAAUGUCAGGAAAGUCGCAGCUUACAGCUGGAUUGAGUUCGAUAGUAAGGUCCACAGAUUUGUGUCAGAAGAUCGUUCUCAUCCAGAGACAGAUCAAAUUUAUGAAGAACUGCACAGAUUGAUAAAGAAACUACAAGUGGCUGGCUUUAUUCCUAAUACAAAGUCAGCACUCCAUGAUGUAGCUGACGAUGAGAAGCUUGCAUCUAUAAGCUACCACAGUGAGAAACUUGCUCUUGCAUUCAUCUUGCUCAAAAACCCUGAUGGUGCAAUUCCCAUACGAAUAAUAAAGAAUAUUCGUGUAUGCGGUAACUGCCACAUGUUUAUGAAAUAUGCAUCUGAACUUAUUGGGCGCCAUAUAAUCUUGAGAGAUUAUAACAGAUAUCAUCAUUUUAUUGGAGGAAACUGCUCUUGCAAUGAUUGCUGGUAGUAAGAAUUUCUGAUUUUCAAUUUUCUCAGACUGACGUCAGAUGGUUAAGUUGCAGCUUUGUGGUGGAUGGUCUGUUUGCAGCAGGAGCCCUUCGACUUGUUGAGAUGAACUGAGCCAAGAGCUAGAUGCAAGAUCCUUUUCAUUGGGCUACCAACAAUGGAUCAUCUCGUUGAAGGUUCAGUUGAUCAUUUCUUUUCUCUUGGAAGCUACAACGAGGUGUUGGGGCUCUUCAAGCACCGGACUGAUCUUCACUAGAUGAGUCCAUCCCCAUGCCAAUGCGUGCCGACUGAUUUCAGGCACACAAGGCUGCUUAUGGGAAUGAUCUGAAUAGAAUGUGCUAACAUCAUAAUUCAAAACCAAAUCUUGAGCAAGAAUGACGAACAAGCUUAUCAAUUGAGGAACCCCAAGCAAUUCAUUGUUAGUUUAUCACAUGGUAUGUUUGUAGCAAGGUGAUAGCAUCGCUACUAGCUUUUGAGACACAAAUGCAGGCAAUGUUAGCGGAAGCAGCUAUUGUAUGUGAUGGGAUGCAGAGUGAGGUCACUGGAUAGGUCAACACUUCUUCACUCGGUGAUUGUAGAUUGUUCAUGAGUUACGCUUGAUGCUUAUAAGCUCGGACCUCUGGAUAUCGUACAGACAAUCUUUUGUUAAACAACUUAGAUCAAGAGGAGCUAGUGACACUGGUCCAUUUCAAGCAUUUAAAUGAGGAGGCGAGGUCCAUCUUAGGUGGUGGACUGGUUGGAAUAGUUGGUCUGCUGCUUAAGUGGCCUGAAGGCUAAUGUGCUGGAGACCCUGUACUGCAACCAUGCGAUCAAACAAUCAUAAUCGCCACAGUGUCCUUGAGAGGGGUCUGUCCAUUUAAGUCGAAAACUAAUCCAUAUUGGCAAACGACAUCAGUGAAACAGGUGGGCCCUUGAAGGCGUGCAGAGUGGGGUCAAUUGAGCAUGUUAAUGAUACCCAUGAGAGUUCCUGAACUUCUAUACCACUUGGAUACAUUUUGAAAUAUUUAAGUGGUUGAGUAGUAACUAUAACAAAUUUAAUGAAAUGGAAGUUAUUGUUGUAUUGCUGUAUCGGCAGGAGUGAAAAUUAAGCUGGUUUUAGACAUAGCCUGCACUUAUUGAACC